CAACUGAUUAGGGUACCUAUAAUAUAUGACUCAUUAAUACCCGUGUUUAAAAAACAAAAUUCGUAUCGAAGUCCCUUUUUGUAUGAGAAAUAAAUAUUUAGCUUUAGCAUUUAGAUAUUAAGGCGUCGCUUGGUGUUUUUUUCUGAUCAAAUAAGGUAGUUCGAAGUUUCAUUCAAUCCAUUCUCUUCUCAACUAUAUAUCCAAAACGGCAAAAGUUCACUCAUGGCAACCGUUCCGUUGAUCUCUACUUCUCUAAAAAGGCUUGAGGGGAAGGUGGCCCUAAUCACCGGUGGUGCAAGCGGCAUCGGCGAGGCAACCGUAAGACUCUUUUCCAAACACGGAGCUCAAGUGGUGAUAGCUGACAUCCAAGACGAAAUGGGUCAUUCUAUUUGCAAAGACUUAAACAAUUCCUCUGCUUCCUUCGUCCACUGCGACACCACAAAGGAAACAGACGUUGAAAACGCUGUUAACACAACCGUUUCCAAGUACGGUAAACUAGAUAUUAUGUUUAACAAUGCCGGAAUAUCCGGAGUAAACAAAACCAACAUACUUGAAAACAAGUUAUCUGAAUUUGAAGAAGUGAUUAAAGUUAAUUUGAUUGGUGUGUUUCUUGGAACAAAACACGCUUCAAGGGUAAUGAUUCCAGCUCGACGGGGAAGCAUAAUUAACACAGCUAGUGUUGGUGGAAGCAUAGGUGGUGCUGCUCCACAUGCCUAUACAAGUUCAAAGCACGCCGUUUUAGGUCUAAUGAGAAACACGGCGGUCGAGCUUGGACCGUACGGUAUUCGGGUGAAUUGUGUGUCACCUUAUCUUGUUGCAACCCCGUUGGCUAAGAAAUUCCUUAAGAUUGAUGAUGAAGGGAUUUUAGCGGUUUAUUCUAACCUAAAGGGUGUUAAUCUUGUGCCAGAAGAUGUGGCUGAAGCUGCUUUGUACUUAGGAAGUGAUGAGUCCAAAUAUGUUAGUGGUCACAAUCUUAUCGUGGAUGGAGGAUUCACAGCUGGAAACAGUGGGUUUUGUAUUUUUGGACAAUCUGUUUGAACAUAUGUCGCUUGUGGAGAUGUAAUUUGUUACCACAUUGGUGCUUUCAUCUUUGGCUACUCUUAUGCAUUAGAGGUGUGCAUGAUCUCAAUGGCAGAAAUUUAGGUGAUUUAUAAUGAGUUGGAAUUGACUUUUUUAAAGAGUUCAGAAACAUUUAUAUUAGAUUAGACAAUGAAAUAACAGUGUCCUUAAUUUUGAAUAAUUGUUCUAAUAAAAAUUUACGUUAUUGUCUUGUUA